GUUGGUCCCUUCUUUGCCAUUCACCCCGCAGGAGGAAAAUAGACGUCCCGCGCGCUGGGUUUUAAAGACUCGCUAGAGCACACGCGAUCGACCCUAUGCAGACUCAGACCAUCAGCACGGGACUGCAGUAUGCCUAUACCGAUUCUGGUCCCCCGGAAAAUGCCUCAAGCUAUUCGACGCUUUUCUUCAUCCAUGGUUAUGCUUUCUACUCCACGGCUAACGACACCUCUUCUCUGUCUUCCACCUCUGCGGGGCGCCGUUCCUCCGCAUUCACACGAACAGGCAUAUGCGAACGUCUUCUUCCUGUCGCUUCGAACCAGGGCAUCCGCCUCAUAUGCAUCAACAGGAGAGCAUACCCCCAUUCGACGUCCUUCUCAGAAGACGAGCAGCGGAUAUUUCGCGACGGGUCAGACGACGAGCGAAAAGCCCUCCUGCGCGCAGAGGGCAGAAGCCUCGCGCUCCUCAUCGAUGCGCUUAUCGUCGAGCUCGCCCUGCCAAAGCGCGUCACCAUCCUCGCAUGGUCGAUGGGUAACGUAUACCUGCUUUCGCUUCUUGCCUCCAUCAGGCUCCUCCCCGGGGAGAUCGCGCAGAGGCUCAGGACUCACGUAAUGUCGUUCAUCUUGUGGGAUCCGCCAGACGAGGCGCUCGGAUACGAACGCCCGCAAAUAUACACCCCCUUCACCGACGAGAACGUCCCCCUCGACCAGCGCGGCGCCGCCUUCGUCCGAUGGCUCGGAAAUUACUGGGCGCACGACCACGCACCGCGCGAUCCGCAGCGUCUGAACGCCCUCUUCCUGAACGCAGACUCCCCGUCGACAACGGAAAGAAUGUCGCCCGCCGAGUUUACAGACCUCACCGACUUCGCCGCCGCCUCCACCUGCGAUCACUGGGUCGUACGCCCCGACUUCAUGCAUCUGAUAGCCCACCUGCGCAGGGAGGCGUUGUGCGAUCCGCGCGUCAUGGUGGAAUGGCAAGAACCUCGAAUACACUAUCUGUGGACAGAGCAUGCACCAUGGAUGGUGUGGUGGGCGAAGUGGUGCAUAGAGGACGACCUGGCGCGCCAAAAAGAGGAGAUGCCAGAUAUUCAGUUCGGUAUGAUGGAGGGGUGCAAUCACUUUUCCCAGUGGGACGCACCGAAGGAGACCUUGGAAGCUUUCCAUCGGUGUAUGAGCUGA